GUCGAGGAAUCUCGGUAACCUAGUUUAGUGAGACAACAUUAACCGCCAUCUCUCGUGUGUACCACUUAACAGUAGGGUUGGGAGACAUAGGAUAUCCCAGCAAUUUGUGGUAGAAACCAUCAGUCAUGGAGACCGGUCUAGAGGACGCCAUGGUCAUGUUGGGUCAGUCAACUACCUUCAGUGUCACCCUCCACACUGAGCCGUCGGAGGAGGGACAGUGGACUUGGGAUGACGUCACCUUGUCUCACUCCGACAAGUACCUCAUCUCCGUGGACGGUAGACGUCGCCAGCUGGUGGUCACUGACACACAGCUCUGGGACGGUGGAAAGUAUAGCUAUACAUUUAGAGACGAAAAGACAACUGCUAAUUUAUAUUUAGAAGCGGUACUCGGGUUAGAAGUGUGUGAUGAUCUCGGUGUGUUUAUCCCGUCAAAAACAGAAGGUAUAGAGCUUGGUCUGGAGAACCAGGAAGUGAUGCUGGGAGGCUCGGCCACAUUCAGGCUGAGGUUACGUGAUGACACUGUGGAGGCCGGCGAGUGGACGAGUGAUGACGUCACGCUGCGGGAAAACCCAGAUCUGUGUCAGUGGCAGGGACCGUCACGUGACUGUCACAGAUGUCCAGCGUCAUGACGAGGGGGAAUAUACAUACAGAGUUAGUGAGGAAAUUACAUCAGCCCAACUGUCAAUCAAUGAAGCGUAUUGCUUCGGCUCUGUUCAACACCCUCCCCCUCCACGGAUCGUACCAGUUUGACGUCCAGGAUAACAACAACCUGGUUGGAGCGCAGCUGGAUGUCACUCGGGUGAGGUUGUGGAACCCACUCGGUAACACGAAAUAUCAAAAUCCGUCAGUUGUUAAAUGAGUGCACUACUGGUCAGUGCUAGGACAACAGCCAAGAUUGUCUGCUGCAUGUUAACGCUGAGCCGGCAAACUCGUCUACCACCCAAUAUAUCACGUAAUGAGUUACACGACUUCUUAUAUAAAUUACUUUUAUGAUUUUAAUGGGGAAAGGAAAUCAAUACUGCAUUUCCAGUUUGUGUAUCUUUUGGACUUUUCUGAGAGGAUAAAAUGUGUUUGUUCGAUUUGUAGGUGGAGUCAGGCGCUGAGGACUGAGGAAUCAUGUGUCCUAGUCAGCAAUAUUUUGAAUGAGCCGGAUUAAAGCUAAAUCUAAAUGGA